CUCUCUCUCUCUCUCUCUCUCUCUCUCUCUCUUCUUAAGUCCUCCCCAGUUGGAGUUGGAGGAGACUUUUGGACUCCUUUUCUAUCUCUAUCAUUUUUUUUGUGGGAAUUUUGAACUGUGGAGAGAGAUUGAGAGAAAAUGGCAGAAGAGGAAGCCAGCGAAGUCAGUGGUGCUCCAAUCCGCCGUGUCCUUCUCAUCUCCGCUGGUGCCAGUCACUCUGUUGCUCUUCUUUCUGAAAAUGUUUUUUGCUCCUGGGGACGAGGAGAGGAUGGGCAGUUAGGCCAUGGUGAUGCUGAAGAUCGACUUUCACCGACACAUUUGAGUGCAUUGGAUGGCCAUGAAAUAGUAUCUGUUACUUGUGGAGCUGAUCAUACAAUUGCUUACUCUGACUCACGUACACAAGCAUAUAGUUGGGGAUGGGGUGACUUUGGGAGGUUGGGUCAUGGUAAUUCCAGUGACUUGUUUACACCUCAGCCGAUAAAGGCAUUAUAUGGUCUGAGGAUAAGGCAAAUUGCUUGUGGGGACAGCCACUGUUUGGCAGUGACGAUGGAAGGUGAGGUGCAAAGUUGGGGGCGGAAUCAAAAUGGUCAACUUGGUCUUGGCACCACAGAAGACUCUCUUGUGCCACAGAAGAUUCAAGCGUUUCAGGGAAUAUCUGUCAAAAUGGUUGCUGCUGGUGCUGAACAUACUGCAGCUGUCACAGAAGAUGGAUCACUCUAUGGAUGGGGUUGGGGCCGAUAUGGAAACUUGGGCCUAGGUGACAGGAACGAUCGCUUGGUUCCGGAGAAGGUUUCUAUGGUUAAUAGUGAGAAGAUGGUUAUGGUUGCAUGUGGAUGGCGGCACACAAUAUCUGUUUCCUCAUUGGGUCGAUUAUACACAUAUGGGUGGAGCAAAUAUGGUCAACUUGGACAUGGGGAUUUUGAGGAUCACCUUGUUCCUCACAAGCUAGAAGCCUUGAGUAACAACUUUAUUUGUGAGACGGCUGGCGGUUGGAGGCAUACUAUGGCACUCACGUCUGAUGGAAAACUGUAUGGCUGGGGUUGGAAUAAGUUUGGACAGGUUGGAGUUGGGGACAAUAUUGAUCACUGUUCUCCUGUGCAAGUUAAAUUUCCUCAUGACCAGAAAGUAGUUCAAAUAACAUGUGGAUGGAGACACACGCUUGCUGUUACUGAAAGACAAAAUGUGUUCUCCUGGGGGAGGGGUACAAAUGGACAGCUUGGGCAUGGAGAAUCAAUUGACCGGAAUGUUCCAACAAUUAUAGAGUCUUUGAGUGCUGAUGGAUCUACCGGGCUACAGAUAGAAUCUUCAAAAGUUGAUCCAGCAACAACAGGGAAAACUUGGGUGUCACCAUCAGAGAGAUAUGCUGUUGUUCCAGAUGAAACUGUCCGAGGGCAAACAUCUGCGUCAGUCAAGGGUAAUGGGAAUGAUGUAAAUGUUCCACAGUCCGACGUGAAACGCGUACGGUUUUGAUGAUCUUUGGGAUGCCCUAGUAUUUAAGAAACAAGGAUGACAGGUCCUUCUGGCUUCUAAACUUCCUGAAAUGUUCUGUGUGAACCAAAUGAAGCCAUUACUGACAUGUGCCUUCAUCUCGCGUGCUUGGAAAUCUUGUGCCGUUGGAAACACAAUGCAUGUAAACGGAAUACCGAACCCUUGUUGGUUUAACAGUUUUUGUUUGAAGCAUACUAUGGUGAUUUGUUUCAACUGUGGAAUUGCUUUCCACAUACAGGACACAUCAACUAUAGUUCUUAUUUUGCUGGGGGGAAAUUGUACUGCAUUUCCCUAUGUAUUUAGAUGCUUCUGAGGUCUACACAUGAGAAAUGUAGGGUUUCCUAUUUUGUCCAGUAGGUCUAAACGCAUGUCAAGAUGUGACAAUAAUAACAAGAAUAUUGACUCACUGCCUUUUAAGUUUCAAGCCCACAACAUUAGAACGGUGCUGCUAUGCUAUGCGAUCUGUGUCAUGGAUACCUUUUUCCCA